AGGGAAGAAUUCUGUGUUGUUGGAGGUGCGUCUUGGUCAACUAAGCUCGGAAAAUGCCUGCCUUUGCCAAUCUGCCGCCAUAAGCGACUGCCUAAUCCUGCCUAAUGGGUACGACACGCCCCCCUCGAGACGGUGAGGUCCCUGGGGUUGAUUACAACUUUAUGUCCAUAGAGGACUUCCUAAAUCUUGAGCAGUGUGGAACACUACUGGAAAUAGGAACGUAUGAAGGUAACUAUUAUGGGACCCCCAAGCCGCCGAGGCAGCCCGUGGUUGGGACAGUGAUUUUCAGUGAUGCUGUGCUCCUCAACGGCCCCCCAGGCUCCCAGCAGUCAACUCCCAAGCCAUACAAUGACAUGCAAAACGCCCGAGUAGUGCCUGCUGACUACAAGGAUGACGACCAGGCCACGGAAAUGAACAACAGUUUUACAGGAUCCUUAGUGCGUAGUCUCUUCCCCUCUCCCUUGUUGUGCACAGGUAACUCUAGCGACCAGGACGAGAGCCGCGGCGGUGUACUUCGGCCAUAUCCCGCGCGCGAGAAUGCUCCGUCCUAUGGUCUGAACAACGUGGCCGCCUCCACCUCGGACAACGGGCAGCAGACACAUGCCCAACCCCAGGCCUCUCCUGAAGACCCCCUGGGACCCCUGCCAGACAACUGGGAGAUGGCCUACACAGAGAAUGGAGAAGUCUACUUCAUAGACCACAACACAAAGACCACAUCGUGGAUCGACCCCCGGUGUCUUGAGAAACCUCUGAAACCUCUGGAAGAGUGUGAGGAUGAUGAAGAAGGGGUACAUACUGAGGAACCAGACAAUGAACUAGAGCUGCCUGCAGGAUGGGAGAAGAUAGAUGACCCAGUGUAUGGGGUGUACUACGUAGAUCACAUCAACAGGAAGACCCAGUAUGAGAACCCCAUAGUGGAGGCUAGGCGCAGGAUGCAGCUGGAGCAGCAGCAGCCGCAGCCUCCUGAAGGUGAGCGGUACAUUCGAGAGUGGAUAGAGGAGCACUCCUCAGCUGGUGCUCCCCUGGCCAACUAUGCCAAUAACCACCUAGAGACGUACCGUGACCCGCAGGUCCCGCCCCCGCUGCCCCCUGCUCCGGGAGGGGCCAAACGAGGGAAGCCAUUCUUCACACGGAACCCAGCAGAGCUGAAGGGAACUUUCAUCAACACCAAACUGAAGAAGAGCCGCCGCGGAUUCGGCUUCACCGUAGUUGGGGGCGAUGAGCCGGAUGAGUUCCUGCAGAUCAAGAGUUUAGUCCUGGAUGGUCCUGCUGCUGUGGAUGGGAAGAUGGAGACAGGUGACGUGAUAGUGAGUGUGAACGACACCAUCGUUCUGGGCUACACCCACGCCCAGGUGGUGAAGAUUUUCCAGUCCAUCCCGAUCGGCUCCAUGGUGGACCUGGCCCUGUGCCGUGGCUACCCCCUGCCAUUUGACCCUGACGACCCCAACACCAGCCUGGUGACCUCCGUGGCCAUCCUGGACAAGGAGCCCAUCAUCGUCAAUGGCCAGGAGAGCUACGACUCUCCGUCCAGCCACGGCAGUCAGACCGGAGGGCCUGUUAACGGGAUGAGGGAGCCGCGGGCCCACAGUCCCUCGGCAGAGGUGGUGUCCAACGGCUCUCACGGCUACUCCUCCAGCGACGUGGUCACCCUGGCAUCAUCCAUCGCUGGGCAGCCAGAGCUGAUCACAGUGCACAUGGAGAAAGGCGAUAAGGGCUUUGGGUUCACCAUCGCUGACAGCCUGACGGGAGGGGGUCAGAGGGUGAAGCAGAUCGUGGAUUACCCCCGCUGCAGGGGCCUGAAGGAGUCAGACAUUCUGAUGGAGGUGAACAAGAGGAAUGUCCAGAACAUGAGCCACAACCAGGUGGUGGACCUGCUCAGCAAGUGUCCCAGAGGGAGCGAGGUCACCAUGCUGGUGCAGAGAGGAGUGGUGGCGGCCAAGAGGAGCCCUAAGCUGGUGCAGCAGCUGGAGAGGAAGGACAGUCAGAGCAGCUCCCAGCACAGUGUGUGCAGCCAUCGCAGCACCCACACAGACUCCCCCAGCCACCCCCCCUCCAACAUGCCCAGUGAGGCCAUGGCCCCCCCUCCGGCCGCACCCACUCAGCCGCUGCCUGGCUUGCCUCCGCUGCCCACCCAGGACCCUGGAGAUGGCACCAUGACCCUUCAGAAGAAGCCAGACCCCUUCAAGAUCUGGGCCCAGUCCAGGAGCAUGUAUGAGAGCAGACAGCCAGAUUGCCAGGAGCAGGAGAUUUUCCUGUGGCGGAAGGAUACAGGAUUUGGGUUCCGCAUCCUUGGAGGAAAUGAGCCUGGGGAGCCAAUCUACAUUGGACACAUAGUGAAGUACGGUGCAGCAGAUGAGGACGGACGCCUGCGUUCUGGGGACGAGCUCAUCUGUGUGGACGGCACGGCGGUGGUGGGGAAGUCUCACCAGCUGGUGGUGCAGCUGAUGCAGCAGGCCGCCAAGCAGGGCCACGUCAACCUCACCGUCCGACGCAAGAGCUCUGGAUACGGAGUUUCGAAAGGGGAGGGUGACGUGCCCCCGUCCCCUGCCUCAUCCCACCACAGCAGCACCCAGGCCCCCUCCCUGACGGAGGGCAAGCGGACCCCCCAGGGCAGCCAGAACUCCCUCAACACGGUCAGCUCUGGCAGUGGCUCUACCAGUGGCAUCGGCAGUGGGGGAGGAGGUGGCUCCGGCAGUGCUGUGGUCACCGCAGCCCUGCAGCCCUAUGACGUGGAGAUCCAACGUGGAGAGAAUGAGGGCUUCGGAUUCGUCAUUGUGUCAUCUGUCUCUAGGCCUGAUGCUGGGACUACGUUCGCUGGCAAUGCAUGUGUGGCCAUGCCCCACAAAAUAGGGCGCAUCAUCGAGGGGAGCCCUGCGGACCGCUGUGGGAAGCUGAAGGUGGGCGACCGCAUCUUGUCCGUCAACGGCUGCUCCAUUACCAACAAGUCCCACUCGGACAUCGUCAACCUGAUCAAAGAGGCUGGGAACACAGUCUCUCUGAGGAUCAUUCCUGGGGAUGAGUCCUCCAACGCGUCUCUGUUGACCAACGCUGAGAAGAUUGCCACCAUCACCACCACGCACACACCCCAAACUGCCACGGAGCCUCGGAACAACUCAAAGUCGAAACAGGCUCCUCCUCCACCUCCUCCAACACAAGCUCAGCCCUCACAGGAUGCCGAGUUCUACUCUGUGGAUCUGGAGCGGGACAGUAAAGGCUUUGGGUUCAGCCUGAGAGGAGGACGGGAGUACAACAUGGACCUAUAUGUGUUGAGGCUGGCUGAGGACGGGGCGGCUGGCAGGAAUGGCAAGAUGAGGGUGGGAGAUGAGAUCCUGGAGAUCAACGGCGAGAGCACAAAGAACAUGAAGCACGCACGGGCCAUCGAACUGAUCAAGAAUGGUGGCCGGAGGGCACACCUGGUCCUCAAGAGGGGCGAUGGAUCUGUACCUGAAUAUGCGAUGAUGGCUCCUCAUCUCGCUGUUGGUACUAUGAGAAAUGACAAGAUGGGAGAGCCCUGUUUCUACCUAAUGGGCCAAAAUCAGACCACGACUCCAACCAUGACGGGCACUCUCCCACACCCGGGGCACAAAACUCUCCGGAAGUGAGAACCCUGCCACCAAACAGCCGAUAUCACACCUCAUCGGAGUCAAGUUAUCCACAAGACCUUCACAAACCAUCACGCCACAAGGAUGCUGCGCAGGACCGAGACAGGGACAGGAUGGAGCACCAGGUCCGGCACUUUAACCCCCACCACCAUCACACCUGGAACAACAACCACAGCCAUGCCACCCCCAGCCAACACUACCCUGAAAACAGCGGCGGCAACAAUAAGAAGAGCCGGGGACGCAAAGUCAACAAGUCAGAGUCAGAGAGCGGCAUCUCAAAACUAUUAAAGACUCUGCGUAAGGACAGCUCUAGGAAGAAGGCUGCAGCUGCAGCGGCAGCUACAGAGCGGGAGCUCUCCGCUAGUAGCAGUACUCUAGACCCGAGGUACAGUCGACCACGCCGCGGCUCCCUCGACCGUUCGCCCACCCGUAAACAUGAAGCCUCCCCUGACCGAUGGCGGUCCAAGUCCAUGGACCGCAGGGUCGAGCGAGCACACCGAGACCGCACACCCGAAAAGGAGAACGAGGACGGAGGUUUCCUCAGUCAUGCGGCUACUCCUGAACAACCACUCUACGACCGCAGGCUCCUGAGGGAACCACAGACCCCGGGGCGAGCCUACUUAGAGGCCACCACCCCAGAGCGCCUGAACAAAAGGGCUUCCUCCCUGUCUCUUUCCAGGGGGUGGACUCCUGACAGAGGCAGCUUGAAGAACGGCAACCUCCUGAGGGACUCGCCGGUUGAGACGAGGGAGGAUAGGUAUGGGAUGAACGGAACGCCAGAGAGACGGUACAGGUCAGAGAGAGAUUCGUCUCCAGACAGCAGCUAUAGCAGGGAGGAGCUGAACUACUGCAGUACACUGAAGAACAAUGCUUCCACUCACAACCACACAGGCUACAACGCAGCAGGACACUGCAACAACGCAGCAGGACACAACAACACAGCAGGACACAACAACACAGCAGGACACAACAACACAGCAGGACACAACAACGCAGCAGGACACAACAAUGCAGCAGGACACAACAAAGCAGCAGGACACAACAACGGAGUAGGUUGCGCCCAGAACCAGUUCCCCGUGCCUAUGAGAAGGCUUUACAAAGAGAGCCCCAAGGACCUCAGCAUCUGAGUGGACAGAGCCUGGACCUUGGCCUCUCACCCCUCAACCUGUGUAGGCCACAGUACAUACACUGGACUUGGACUUCUGAGGAGAUUAACUCGUGAUGUAUCCAAUCGCCUGGUUGAUUGAUUCAUUGAUUUGACUACUUGUGAUCCGGGACAGAGAUUCAUACCACAGCAGGAGUACAAUCUUUUUUUUGUUUGUACUGUAUGUUUUGCUUCUGUUCACAUUAUUUUGAGCAUUACGGCAGUUGUUAGUACUGUAGUGAAGGUAUGUGUAUGUGCCUAUCACAUCACAAAUGGCGAUUUAGCUUUUUUUGGGCAUCUCUGUUUGGAACCUCAGAGGGAACAAAUACAGUCGCUAGUGAAAGUCUACACACCGCUUGCACAGUCUUCACAUUUUGCUGCCUCGAAAUGUAAUCAAAACAUUUAUUAAAUUAGAUUGGUAGAACAAUUAUCUACAAAACCUACUCCACAUUUUCAAAGUGAAAGAAAAAUUAUAGAACACCCCCCCCCCCCCUUCCAAAAAAAUGUAUUGAUUGCAUGACUCUUAGCGCAACGUAUAUCCAUUGUUUUUGUCAAAAUUGCUCAAGCUCAGUAAAUGUGGUUGGGAAUCAUUGAUGGCCAGCAAUAUUUCAGGCAUGUCUCAGAUUUUCAAGCAAAUUUAAGUCAGCACUGAGACUGGAAAACUCACACUUUACACCUCUUCGAAAGCCCUCGUGGUGGGUCUUUGAUAUUAAAAUGUGUGUAAAUGUCCCGCUGACAAAUAAAACUCUGUCCCAGGGUUAGGUUUUCAGAAAACUACGGCAGGUUUUUACCUGGGCUUUUUGUAUCCUGACAAACUCUCCAAUCCCUGCCGGUGACAAGCCUACCCAUAACAUGAUGCUGCCACCACAAUACUUGAAAAUACAGAGAGUUUUCCUCUGUGUUGCAUUAGAUUUGAUUCAAAUCAGCAGUUUUUUAUUUAGUCCAAAAAGUGAAUGUGUUUGCUGUUUUGUCUUGCAGUAUUAUUUAACAGCCUUGUUGCAAACAUAAUUGAUGAUUUGGUGUGGAUGUUUUUUGUUGUUGAAUUUUUUACCCCUUUUUCGUGGUAUCCAAUUGUUUAGUAGCUACUAUCUUGUCUCAUCGCUACAACUCCCGUACGGGCUCGGGAGAGACGAAGGUUGAAAGUCAUGCGUCGUCCGAUACACAACCGUACCAAGCCGCACUGCUUCUUAACACAGGGCGCAUCCAACCCGGAAGCCAGCCGCACCAAUGUGUCGGAGGAAACACUGUGCACCUGGCAACCUUGGUUAGUGUGCACUGCGCCCGGCUCGCCACAGGAGUCACUGGUGCACAAUGAGACAAGGAUAUCCCUUCCCGGCCAAGCCCUCCCUGACCCGGACGACACUAUGCCAAUUGUGCGUCGCCCCACAGACCUCCCGGUCGCAGCCGGUUAUGACAGAGCCUGGGCGCGUACCCAGAGUCUCUGAUGGCACAGCUGGCGCUGCAGUACACCACUGCGCCACCCGGGAGGCCUGGUGUGGAUGUUUCCUUCUUUUCACUUCAUCAUACAGGCCACUAAUGUGGAGUGAAUGCAAUGUUGUUGAUCCUCUGUAUUUUCAAGUAUUGUGGUGGCAGCAUCAUGUAAUGGGUAUGCUUGUCACUGACAGGAAAUGGGGUUGUCAGGAUCAAAAAAUAUAUAUGAAAGGAGCAAAGCACAGGUCAAUAGUCUGAGAAAAGUCUGCUGUAGUCUUCUGAAAACCUAGAGGUAAUUAGUGGUAGACACACUAGACUGGCUUUUCAGGAGGUGUUGAGUGAUCCAGUCUUAGUCCUGACUUAAAUAUUCUUUCAAAUCACAGACAAAGUUUGAAUAUUACUUUCCACCUAUGGUUCCCAACCAAAUUUACUGACCUUGAGCAAUUUUGACAAAAACAAUGGAGCUAUGUUGCCCUAAGAGUUGGUAAAAUCUUAUUCAAAAUUAUUCCGUUUUUAUGUUCUAUAAUAUUUCUUUCACUUAAUAAUUCUUGUGACUCUCAAAACUUGGAUCCAGGAACAUAAUCAUCGCCUCAAACUAAUUAGCAUAACGCAGAGGACAUACAUCUUCCUAGAAAAUCUUCCUAUUCAUGGAAAUCACAAAUGAAAUAUAUUGAGACACAGCUUAGCCGUUUGUUAAUCACACUGUCAUCUCAGAUUUUCAAAAUAUGCUUUACAGCCAAUGCGUCUAGCAUUGUGUAAGUUUAUCAUGGCAUAAUGCUAUGCUAGGCUCUGCUGGCAGCAGGCAACAUUUUCACGAAAAUAAGAAAAGGAAUCAAAUGAAAUCAUUUACCUUUGAAGAACUUCAGAUGUUUUCACUCAGGAGACUCCCAGUUAGAUAGCAAAUGUUCCUUUUUUCCAAAAAUAUUAUUUUUGUAGGCGAAAUAGCUCCCGUUUGUUCUUCACGUUUGGCUGAGAAAUCGACAGGAAAAUGCGAUCAUUACAACGCCAAAGCUCAUCUUUUUUCCAAAUUAGCUCCAUAAUAUCGACAGAAACAUGGCAAAUGUUGUUUAGAAUCAAUCCUCAAGGUGUUUUUCACAUAUCUAUUCGAUAAUAUAUCCGUCGGGACAAUUGGUUUCUCAUAAGAAGCGAUUGGAAAAAUGGCUACCUCAGUACUUUACGCAAGAUUUUCAUGUGACCACUUGCUCAAUGUGGUCCCUUACGGCUAUUCUUCAACAUAAUUGCGUAAAAAGACGUCACAAUGCUGUAGACACCUUGGGGAAUACGUAGAAAGCGUAAGCUCAUUCACAGCCAUAUUUUUUUUUAUUUUACUAGGCAAGUCAGUUAAGAACAAAUUCUUAAUUUCAAUGACAGCCUAGGAACAGUUGGUUAACUGCCUGUUCAGGGGCAGAACGACAGAUUUUUGUACCUUGUCAGCUCAGGGAUUUGAACUUGCAACCUUUCGGUUACUAGUCCAAUGCUCUAACCACUAGGCUACCCUGCCGCUCCAUAUAAGGAGUCAUUGGCAUGAAGCCGUUUCAAAAAAUGCGGCACUUCCUGAUUGGAUUUUUAUCUGGGUUUCGCCUGUAACAUCAGUUCUGUUGCACUCGCAGACAAUAUCUUUGCAUUUUUGGAAACGGCAGAGUGUUUUCUAUCCAAAGCUGUCAAUUAUAUGCAUAGUCGAGCAUCUUGUCGUGACAAAAUAUCCUGUUUAAAACGGGAACGUUUUUUAUCCAAAAAUUAAAAUACUGCCCCCUAGUCGCAAAAGGUUAUUACAUUUUUUUUGUAGGUUGUGUAGAUCUAUAGAAAAGAAAAUCUAAUGUAAUCCCUUUUUAGAUACAAAUGUUGUUAGCGAAAUGUGACGACUGCCAGAGGUGUGUAGACUUUCACUAGCGACUGUAUGUGUUCCCUCUGAGGUUUCAAACAUGCUCCUUACUGUGGUAACUGGUACUUCAUGGUGGGCUUGUUUUUAAUAUGUUUUUGAUGUCAUUUUCCACCUCAGAAUUGCUUUAUGAAGCAAACUAUAGCACAAGAUGUUGGUAGUAGUGACAUUUUAUGGACAACUGCAGUGUUCAUACCUAAGUGAGUAUCAUACAGAGUAAAGGCAAACUCACAUUUUUAUAACCAAUAGUAAUUUUAGAAAUAAUAUAUUUGAAAUCAACCUUUUUGCAUUUGUCCUGCUAUUUAUUUUCAAUUGGCACAUACCACAACGAAGCUUGGUUAAAGCUUAAAGGACCAAGUUAUAUGCCCCAUAACCUGAAAAUAGGAAUCAUUGUUAUCCCUGCUGGAUUUGCUGUAGAAUCGCCAAAGAGGGAAACUAACAUCCAUCUCCUCUUCUCUCAGUCAGAGUUGUCUAGACUGCCUGUGGUGGAAAUAACAUUUAAAAAAGUUUUGUAUUCCUAUUCAGAGGAAAGUAGAAGCAACAUGUUAACUGACUGGAGCCUGUAACAUGAAGCCUGUUUCACAGUUAUAAGCAACAUGGAGAGGUUGACUAAGAGAGGUCAAAUGGUUUGAAUGUAACCACAGUCCUAGAAUGAAUUGAUCCUAUAUACUGAUGUAGACGUGAGGAAAGCUAAACCACCACAUCUGAUUGGCUUGAAGAUUCAAUAGAAAAUAUUGAUCAACGGCCCACUGAUCCCAUACAGGUGAAAUGGGAUUAAUUCCUCUCUUCCUCUCCCUGUCCAAGGAAAUGAGGUGAUGAUGUAAUCAUGUAAGGUAAGUUGUUGUGAUGGUAACAUAUGGAAAGUUCCGGUACAGAAGUAUCUGCCAUGCUGAGCCAUGCUUUCACACCACUGGAGUAUGACUGCAGCUUUAACCUUGUUUUUCUGUAUAUUUUAUGUUUUAUGUUUCACAAAACAUCUACAAUUAUAUAGGAAAAACUACAACAAAUGCAUUCUUUUAUCACUGUUUUUUCCAUGGUACUGUAAAAACAAUUGCAAAGAAGAGCAAAAAAAAAGACAUUUAAAGAAGAAUAUAACCUGCCGGCCACCGCCUGCACAGAAUUUUACUAUGUAACUAAUAGGAACCUGUCAAGGAAUAAAUUGCUGCCUUUUUCUUGUACAAAAGAGACAUUUAUGAGAAACCUCUGCAGUGAGGAAUGUGAUAUUGUGUUUAUAUUUCUGAAAUGGACCUGAUGAUUCAUGGGAAAUAUGUUAAUGUACUCUGAAUCAGGUAUGUAAAGACAUUCUAAAAAUGAACGACUGUAUUUGGUCAAUUAGAAGCUGUUUGUUGGUUUGAAUAUCUCUUGAUGGUUAGCCUGCCUUUGUAUUAUAAAGCACUUGUAUGCAGUCUGUGUCCUUUAAGCAUUAUUUCUUGCAAUGUGCUCCAGACAUAAUGCUAUAUCUGUGUUGAUAAAAGCAGUACAUGCAUAUGGGCCAAUCUUUUUUAUAAAACACUAUGCAUAUAUAAAUAUUACAUUGUUCAUAGCUUUAUUUGGCCCAUGAAGCUAUACAUAACAUUAGUUUAAGUACAAGUAAAUGUGGACUUAUCCAGUAAAGCUUAUUUCCUUGAGAGGGAUCACAAUGUAUAUGUAGCUAUCAAAAGAAGUCUGUGAAUGCUAUUUUUAUUAUCAAAUAAAGUUUUCCAUACAAAUUCAAAA